AUGACAGCUGCAAUUCUGUCCCCGAAUGAGGCUAUUCCGCCCAUUAUGGUCACCAGUGUCCUCAGCAUGAUGGAACCGACUAUGCAACCCACGAUCAAUAUCGCCUCCGCGGCGGAGAAGAAGAAGCGUGGCCGACGAGGUCGAAAGAACGCUGUCGAUAUCGUCGGCACAAAACAAAAGAAAUCACUGCUUCUUGAUGAGCUCGGCGAUGCAUUGGUCGAUCAGAUGUACACCGUCACUGCCGCGUCGACCAAAAUGCAUGACCGGUUGGAUAUCUCCUGUGCAUCCGUCGUGGAUCACCUUCGCAGCAAUUUUACCACAGAGCUCACAGCUUCCUCAUGUGCCAGCUCUCGCAGCAGUAGCAGUCGCACGUUAACGGGAGUGGACAGCACCAGCACACCUACGACAAGCCUGGAUGGCUGCGAGUCGCACGAGAUCGCCACCUCAACCGCAUCAACUGUUGCACCCACUGUAUCCAGCCACCACCGCCCCAGCAUGGAGUCUCUUCGCUCCAGCCCUCCAUCCCGCGGCCAGACUAGCAGCAAUAGCACUGAUACAGGUGCCGUCUUCUGCCUGGACGACUUUUCCACGAUGACCGCCAUCCAACGACUAACUGCUCAAUACGGCCGCGUCGCACACAUGGGCAUCCUCGACCACAGCUAUCGAUUCUUCGUCAAUCAAAGCCGCACCGGCGCCCUUUCCUUCAAGAUACGCAACCACGUCGCCAUCGUUGGCGGUGACCCCCUCUGCGAACCACACAUGAUCCCCUCCCUCCUCGCCGAAUUCGCCAUCUACCGCCGCCGACACCACUUGGGUCUAGCCUUCAUGGGCGCCAGCGCAUCAUUUGUCCGCGACUUCGCCCAACCAAAGGGCUGGACAACCAUUCGCUUCGGAACAGAGCGCGUCCUCAACCCACAAACAAACGAAGUCCUCCUCGAGCGUAGCGGGAAACGUAUCGCCGUGCAGAAUCGCCAACUCCUCAAUCGCACCAAGGGCGGAAUUAGUCUGGGCGUGUAUGCGCCCGCUGUGCAUGGCACAGAUGCCCAGCUCCAGUCUGAGCUGGUCGGGAUCUAUGACGCAUGGCGCGCGGAGCGGAAUACCUCCGGCGGUCCGCAAGCCUUUAUCACCGUGUACGAUCCCUUCGCGCUACCCGCGCUGAUGACAUUCGUAUACAGCCGAGGACCAGAUGGGACAAUCAACGGUUUCGCUGCACUCCGCCGGCUGGGCGAGGGCGGAUACCACGUUGAUCCAUGCAUCGUAGCCCCCGGCGCGGCAAAGGGAAUCAGCGAUCUACUCAUCGUCUCAGCAAUGGCCUUGCUGAAUCGCGCGGGCGUAUCAUAUCUAGGCUUCGGCUUUGAGCCCGUUCAUGCACUCGCGCGAGACGAUAUCACCGGUAUGGUGGGCCCAUUGGCAAGUCUGACGAGGGAAUUGUAUGGUCAUACAUUCCGGAGAUUACCCAUCCAUGGCAAGAAGGCUUAUCAUGACAAGUUUCGGCCGGAUGGGGAUCAGGAUUGUGGACUUUAUCUUGUUUUCUCCGGGGGUAUGCCGGGGCCCAGACAGUUUUUGGGCAUGAUUCAUAUGGCGAAUAUUAGUUUGCGGAAGAUUUUGUGGGCAGAUCUCAGGUCUUGGGUGUCUAGGCGGAGGGGUGGCAAGGGUGAUAAGACUGGCGCUGAGAUCGAGUCACAGUCUCAAUCACAGUCACAGGUACCCGAAGGGCCAUCAGAUUCAGUGGAUGGUCCGGUUGCUGCACAAUGA